CAAUCAAUCACGUCGUGAAUUUAUACGGAGCCAAGAAUUUUUCUCGGGGAAACAAUUUACGCAAUAAUUUGAGUUAAUUGUGAUGUAAAAAAGUAAUUUUGCCAGUUUCGUACGUAUUGUUUGAAUUGUGAUUCGAAUUUCAGUUUCGUCUCGAUUUCGACAACUGAAGCGAGCAGUAAGAAAAAAAGAAGGGAGGAGAUAAUCUUCUGAUUUUCGGGAUUGGAAAUUUCGAGAGAGAAAUGAGAUCGUUGUCCCGCAUCGAUUCAUGAAUCGCAUUUCAAGGAAAGAACCUUCUCGGCGCUGGAGACUGUCGUGUGUAAAGGCGGUUGGCUUUGGUCAAGCUGAUCGAUACGCGAAGUGCGAACGCGGCCGUCGAGUCGCCACGGAAACUACCGAAGCGCGUCGACGGUUGCCGAAACGCGCCGAGGAAGGCCGAAGCGAGGCGGACGCGGCCGAAGUGUGGUUGAGAAGCGACGCAUAGUGAACGACGCGCGGGGGCCCCUCUCAGCUCUCUGUACGGAUUCGCAGCGAACGGCGUACGCUUUUAACGGGCGCGGCUUUGCGUGUUUCGAAGCUGGCGUUUCACGCGGUAAAAUGUCCUCCCUCGACUAUUUGGACCUGUGCCGGUUGUGUCUCGUGAAGGACCGCGUCUCCGUGCCGAUUUUCGAGGGCGAGGGCGACGUGCGGCAGAUUUUCCUCAAGAUCACCGCCUGUUUGCCGGUCAAGGUGAACAGGGAAGACAAAUUACCUAAGAAGAUAUGCGAUGAUUGUGUGUAUAAAGUAGAGUUAUGUUAUCAAUUUUGGCAUACGACAGCAAAUGCUGAGAAACAGUUGCUCCAAUGGCUAGGCGAAGUGAAUAUGGAAGACAAACAGGGUUAUAAUGUUCUCAAUCCGAACGGACUAAAGUCAGAUCAGAACAAUGAGAACAGGUUAGAUGGUACUGUGAUGCAACAAGUAAGCGAACAUCAGAACAAUAUGAAUAUGAGUAUGAUGGACAACAUGAGCCUCAGUAUGCCCAUGAUGAUGUCAAGUAAUACCCAGCAACAAAUAACUUCAGUUCCUAUGGACAACAGUGGUAGCUCUGUACAAAAUGUUCAACCAGUAGCUGGACCAAGUACGCAAACGACACAUGACCAAAUCACACAGAAUCAAACAGACGCGCCUACGCAACAGGAAGAAGAAGACGAGAGCAGUGAUGAAGAUGAAAACUCGGACGAUGAAUGUGAUGGAGACGAAGGCCUACCUAUAAAAGAAGAAAGUGAAGAAGAUCCUAAUAAUAGAACUAUUGAGCCUACAACAUUUGUCAACGUUUCUUUGGCGUGUGAUGAAGCAGGACCUUCAGGACUUCAACAACAGAAAAUUACAGAUAUGCCGGAGAUAGUAAUACCACAAACAUCAGAUGUGGAUCCGAAAACUGGGGAAGGAGGCGAGACCUUCGGUGGAUUAUCAGGGAUGCUGCGUCAAAUUCUCUCGCCCUCACCCGAGAUCGGGGAGGCCGGUAUGUCCGUCAAUUGUAAUCUCCUACAGACCAACUCGAUAUUUUCGAACCAAUCGUCGAUGCUCUCGUCGACGUUGCUUCCCCCGCAUUUUCAAUCCGUGUGUCCGGACCAGUCUCUGCUUGAUCAGGUGCAAAUCUUUACUGAGUCUUAUCCGUGUCCUACGUGCGGGCUGGAGUUCCGAAGUACCCUUAAGCUAAACUACCACAUGCGAACAAGUCACGCCGCGCGUCCGGAAUUCGAGCAUGGUAUCGAGAAUCAGCCGCGGUACUCGUGCGCAAUCUGCUCGCGGACCUUCGUUGCUUUAAAUCACCUGAGGAUGCACGAAGUUACACAUUCUACGCCCAUGCCCACAUGCGCGUCAACCUCCGCCAAUCUCGCUACAUCACCCGGUGGCAACAUGGAAAAAACAUUCGCCUGCGAUCUCUGCCAGGCCAGCUUUCGAUAUCGCACACUACUGGAACGUCAUCGAAGGAUGCACCAAGAGAUCGGCCAAGAGAAACCCUAUUCCUGCCCAAGAUGCUUGAUGCGCUUCGAAACGCGCAAUUUGUAUAAUCACCACGCGAAAACCCACAGACCGUUGCCGGCGAGUAAUGAAAAUCGGAUAGUCGCGGGUACGAAUGCGGUGUCGUCGCCUGUCGAUCAGGUGAUAACCGGCAAUCUCGGUGUUGUCGGUGGCGGUGCCGGCGGCGGUGGAAGUGGUGGACCUGUAAUUCCCGUCAAGCCCCUACCUUCUUAUCCUUGCGACUCAUGUUCCAAGCAGUUUGCGACUGCCGAAUCGUUGACCACGCAUAAGGCGGUGCACAGAUCGCGACCGCUAGUCUGCGACGUAUGCGGCAAGGGCUUCACGCAUCGCAAGUAUUACGUGGUGCACCAGCGCAUUCACACCGGCGAGAGGCCGUAUCUUUGUGCCAUGUGCGGCAAAUCAUUCACGCAAGCGUCGACGCUCACCGUGCAUCGCCGUUAUCAUACGGGAGAGCGUCCGUAUACCUGUACGCUAUGCGGAAAGGGAUUUGUUACGCGAACGAUUAUGCUUAAUCACAUGAAGAAAGAUCGGCAGCAAUGCGGGUCCAGCGUAAUCAAGCAGAUCUUCAUCAAGCCGGUCAAGCUGAAGCAGUUACAGGCAGAGCCCAAACAAUCGAAGAGGAAGUCCUUGAAAUGCGAAUUCUGUGGCGGCAAUUUCAUCUGCGAACAGGCUUUUAAUAUGCAUUUAAAGAUGCAUGAAUCUCAUUCGGAAGAACAAAUACAGCAGGAUGAGCAAUUAGUUUGCGAAAAUUGUGGCUGUACCUUCAUGACGAUAUCAGAGCUGCGUGAGCAUCAGAAGAAACACGUUGCCGAAGACUGUUUUAGCUGUGACAACUGCGACUAUGUGACCACCCGCAAAGAGAACUUAAUCACUCACCAGAAGUGCCACAAUGUGUCUAAUUACAAAUAUCAGUGUGAGGAAUGCGGCGAACAAUUCCAGAGCAAGAGCAACUGUCAGGUACAUCUAUUGUCGCAUGCGAGUGAAAAAUCGUUUCAGUGCGACGUGUGUAACGCCACAUUUCGCUACCGUCAAGGUCUACGAUUGCACUCGAAGCUACAUCAACCGGACUAUGUACAGCCACAAAGAAAACACCACUGCGAGCUGUGCAACAAGCGUUUCUCUCGGAGACAAGUAUUACUGAUGCAUAUGAAGACUCACGACGCGGGACCACAAAACGAAUACGUGUGCACGAUAUGCAGCAAGUCCGUAUCCAGCAAGACUUAUCUCGCGGUGCAUCAGCGCAAGCACACCGGCGAGAAACCUCAUGUUUGCGACGUUUGUGGCAAAGGCUUUAUUUCGCAGAACUACCUGAGCGUGCAUCGUCGCACGCAUACGGGUGAGAAACCACAUCAAUGCACUCAUUGCAAGAAAAGGUUUACCCAACGGACUACGUUAGUAGUACAUCUACGAGGUCACACAGGUGAUCGGCCUUAUCCCUGUACAUACUGUCAUAAAUCAUUUGCUUCAAAAACGAUGCUGAACUCGCACUUGAAAACGCACGCGAAACAAAACGCUCGACAACAACAGGAACAGCAGCAACAGCAGCAAGAAAGUUCGCAACAGGAAGAGGAAUCAGUGCCGUACGAAACGGUCACUAUAGUGUUAUAGUUAGGACAGUGAUUGUUUAGAUCUUAUACUUUUUUUAUAUAAUCAAGCUUUAUUUCUUUUAUGUUUCAUCAGCGUAAGUGAUAUUAGCAGAAUAUGCAAAGAAUAGAUAUAAAUAACUGCCAGAUACUUCGCAAUUUACACAAAUCAUUGAGCGUUUUAAUUUUAUAAAAUAACUGGUGGAAGUAUAUUGUAAAACAAAUUUGCUUUAGUAGUAAUGCUAUGUUAUGUUAGAUGAAAAAUAUACUUGUAAUAAGCAUUGCUCGAUUAAAAUGUGAACAAGUA